GGGGUCCCAGCGCCACUGAGCGGAGGGUGAGCGGGCGCGCGUCCAGGGGCACAGGCGCGGUGUGUGCGCAUCCUCGGCGUGGGCGCUGCUGGUCGCCUCCACCCGCCGCGCCGCCCGGCUGCCCGCGGCCAGCUCCAUGAGGGCCAAGACAGUGAACUUGCUGAUCGCGCUCGUCGCCUUCGUGCUCUUCAGCUUCUCCUGCAUCUGCAUCUCCAGGAUGGCUCAAACCAGUAAUCAAUUAAUCAAUUGUAGAAACCAUUUUUUGGAGUUUAAGGAAAAUAUUGUACGUUUAAAACACAAAAGUGAAAGAAAUCGCCAAGAGCUGAUGAAAGCCUUGAACAGAAUGAAGCAUGAUAUUAGACAGAGAGAAAAUCUAUCAGUAAACUUAGUUGAGAAGAAAGUGAAUACAUUGGAUAAGAAUGAAGCAGUAUCUAAUACAUUUGAAGUCUUAAAGUUCUUUUUCCCUCAUCUAAGGAAAGUAGGCAGAAUUUAUCCUGAUGUAAUCAUCGGCAAAGAGAAAACAGGAGUUUCUCUUGCGCUGGGUAUUUCCACUGUUUGGAGAGGAAAUCAUAGCUACCUGAAGCACACACUGACCUCCCUGGUCUCGAGGAUGAGUCUUUCAGAGGAGAAGGACUCUGUAAUGAUUGUGUCCGUGGCAGACAGUCAUGAAGAUUAUUUAAAGUCUGUUGUUGAAAUGAUUACAAAAAAGUUCAAAAGGCAACUGAAUUCUGGAUCCUUAGAGGUCAUUUCGAUACCAGCCUUUUUUUAUCCAGACAUGUCACAUGCCAAGCAAUCAACUAAGGACUCACAAAAAUUAGAGAGUUGGCGAAUCAAACAAGUAUUGGAUUUUUGUUUUUUGAUGCUGUAUGCCCAACCCAAGGCCAUGUAUUAUUUACAGCUACAAGAUGAUAUCAUAGCUAAAAAGAUGUACUUUAAAAAAAUCACAGAUUUUGUACAUAAUAUCACUUCAAAUGAUUGGUUUUAUAUUGAGUUUUCAAUUCUUGGAUUCAUAGGAAAGCUAUUUAAAUCUGAAGACUUAACUGACUUCAUACGUUUUCUUUUAAUGUUCUACAAAGAUAAACCCAUAGACUUGCUCUUGGAGGACAUUUUUCGGGUAAAGAUGUGUAACCCAGGAGAAACUUUUGAGAAGUGUGCAGAGCGAAACAAGCAAAUUCGUAUUAAAUAUAAACCUUCUCUUUUCCAGCAUGUGGGUAUAUAGUCAUCAUUUCCUGUAACAGAACAGUAUUACAAAGUAAGAUUCUGAAAUGCAACUUGAGCAAUAAGCAAUGUUUCACGAACUUAUAUUAUUUAGAAAAGGAGUGAUAGGAGCAUGGGAGAGACUGUAUGAUGUGGUUGUUUAAACACAGUCCGUCUUAUGCCAGAACUAUAUGUUAUAAAGACCAAUCACCUUUCUAAGACCCAAGUAUCUCAUGGUUAGAAAAAGCCUACAUACACUGUUUUGCCUGACUGUUCUCAGCUGUGCAAUUCAAAUAAUAAGACUAAAAAGGUGUUUUGAAAAUCAUAACAAAAUUCAUUGUUUUAUUAUUUUUAUUUAAUAUUCAAAACUAUGCAAGAUUGUUUCAAAAAAUAAAGCGGCUCUAUUAUUGAAUUCAGAUGUAUUUUUCAUUCUUAUUUCAGACCACUAUUUACCAGAUGAACAAAAAUUCAGCAUUAUUUGGUUUUUAGCUGUGCUUUAAUUUUCCAUUAUUUUUGGAAACAGUAUUAUUUAUAAUUGACCGAGUACCUUGGUGUGUGGUAAAGAAGCAAAGCCUUCAGAGUCAAACCCCUAGUUUGCACAGGAUAUUAGGCAAGCCCUACCACUUCUCUCUGCUUUCUUGGUCUAUAAAACGAGGAGUUUAAAUUAGAUGAUCCUUAAGAUUUCUUCCACCUUUGAAAUGUUAUUGACAUCUCUACUCUUAGUUUCUUCACACAGGAAAACAAAUGCUUUCAUAUUUUGUCAGUUGAAAUAAGAGAAAUGCACAUCUGCGUCCUCCCAUCAUUUCAUCCAUUAUUUAUGACCUGCCCACUUUCCAGCUUCUCUACCUCUGUGUGUUUAUUAUACUGAUUCUCUCAAACAAUGCCUGGAACAUAGUGAGAACAAGACAAGUGUAUGGAAUAAUGAAAAUUUCACUGUUAUAAAUCUUUAUGCAAAAAGUAAUACCAUCAAAAUACAUGAAUCGUAGCCACAGACGAUGCAGAAAUUGAUCUAUACCAUUCUAUUUCUUGGUGCUAUUAAUAUUUUAAUGGGAUUUUUUUCUAUUAUAUAUAUUUUUUUGCUGGAUAAGGUAUUUUAGCCUUACCUUUGUAAAUUCACUACAGAUUAAGUAGAAUGUACAUCUAAUCACUCACUUUUUGAUGUUAUAAUCUUAGCUUUUUUCCUUAAUAUACUCCAUACCACAUAAAAUAGAUAGAAAUAAAUGACAAUCUUACACUAUGUCAAAUGUGAUUAUAUUUAAGUUAUUUUUACAA